CAAGCAGCCUCUUACAUAAAGAACGUACACACCUACUCGUGAGUCUCGGACCCUCCCGACUGCCUCCCAAACACGCGUUGCUGCGGAGAACGUCUUCUCUGUCUACAGACCCUUGGUUGCCCGACACGGCCAUCGCCUGACUAGCUCCAGCCGCAACCAGCAGCCAGACCUCUCGUUCGACUUCAAGUCUUCCAAACCACUGCCAAACACCCAUCCACUUAUCCAGACGAAGCUACCACGAUGCCUGCGCCCCCGAAGCAGCGCAAGAUCGCAAUUGUCGGCAGUCGCUCUGUCGGCAAGUCCUCGCUCACGGUCCAAUUCGUAGACGGUCACUUCGUCGAGAGCUACUAUCCCACAAUCGAGAACACGUUCAGCAAGGUCAUUCGCUACAAAGGGCAGGACUAUGCAACCGAAAUUAUCGAUACCGCUGGCCAGGAUGAGUAUAGCAUCCUCAACUCCAAGCAUUUCAUCGGCAUUCAUGGCUACAUGAUCGUCUACUCGGUCGCCUCCAAGCAGAGCUUCGAGAUGGCGCGGAUUAUUAGAGACAAGAUUCUCAACCACCUGGGCACCGAAUGGGUCCCCCUCGUCCUCGUGGGGAACAAGAGCGAUCUCCGACCCGAACAACGCCAGGUCCCAGCCGAGCUUGGCAAAGCCAUCGCUGAGGAAUUCAAGUGCGCGUGGACAGAAGCCAGCGCCCGCUACAACGAGAACGUUUCGAGGGCCUUUGACAUGAUGAUCGGAGAGGUGGAGAAGUCCCAGAACCCCGGCGAGCCAACUGGCGGGAACAAGUGCAUUGUGAUGUAAGAUUGUUUGCUUGCUUGCAUGUGGUUGUUGUUGCUGCGGGCGUUGUUGCUUUGACCACGGGCAUGAAGGAUGAUUCCAUUGCGCUGGGUGUAAGUUGGCUUACUGUGGGAGGUCUAGAGGCGUUCGAGGUCCAUGUUUUGAAGAUCCAAUGGCACUGUCUCCAUUCUCUUGCUUGUGGGAACUUGCAU